AUGCUCUCUGAUUCUUUCCACGAGUCUAAAUGUUCGAUCGAUUUCAAGUCUUAUCUUGAAAAUGGGGAUUAUCUCGUGCAAGGCCAGGCGGAGCUUAAUAGUCGUUCGCAAAUCUUAAUAUUCCACUCGGAAGGCCAUAAGUGCUCUGUGGACAGACCGGUGUCAAAUAAGACCCCAAAGCGGCAGAGACGCAAAGAGUAUCAGGACUUUAUCAGGCUGAUAGACCUCAGGUCUCUCCCUCUUCUUAACGACACGGUCAGUGAAGUGGUCUUAGAAGAGUACACCGAUGAACACAGAUACACGAUCCGAGAGGAUCUUCCAAGGGUUAUCUAUCCUUCAUGCCGUGAAUUCCCUUCUCUUCGGCAGAUCAGUAAGGCCAAGUUAUUAGAACAGUCAGAGAUUACGGACGGAGUCUCUCACGUCGUGGAUGUCAAUGAUAGGACACCAUACAUUCUCAAGGUAGUUAACCGACCUCUAUACCAGGCCCACGACACAGAAACUAUUCGCAAUGAGUUGAAAGAUCUCGAAUACUUUCGAGGAGAACCGAACAUUGCUCAAUUGGCUGGUAUCGCAGUGGCCACGAAUCCGUAUACAACAUCAAGUGCAACAGAACAACCUCCGGUUAUCUUUGGCAUUCUAUCAGUAUUCUACCCUGGAGGAUCCUUACAAAAUCUAUUAGAUAAGGAUCGCGUGAGGGAACAUUCCUGGGAAAGCUGGACUAUACAGAUAGCUACUGCAAUAAGCUACUUGCACAAGGCAGGAAUAAUACACAUGAACAUUAAACCCUCGAAUGUUGUCCUCGACGCAGACGGGAACGCAGUGCUGAUUGAUAUCAGUGGUGUUGGUAGAAUUACACACAUGUGGCUUGCUCCGGAGAUCCGAAAAGAGAUAUCACCUGCCGGUCUUCCGUUUGAGGUGCGCCAGAGAAAUGACACUUGGGCUUAUGGCAAGCUAUUGUCUGAAAUCAUAUCACAUGCAGGGUUUUGUCCUUUUUUGGAGACUUUGAAUCACAUUGCUUCCUGUCUUACAGGGGAAGACACACAAACGCGCAUGGCUCUUCUAGAAGCUAUCUCCCAACUAAAGGAUGCUGGUGUCGACAGGGCAUUAUUAUAGUAUCUUUAGGGCUUUAGGGCAUUAUGCACACGGCCGAGAAGCCACCAGUGAGCGUAUCUCCUUGGCGAGACACAGUCUGGUGGAAACAGAUACCAAUAAUUCUCCUCAUACGGCGAUAGGCAAUUAGUAAACUUAGCAGCUUCAUAGUACUCUGGAUAGAAUCCACUACACUCCCAAUCGAUCAGUCCAGCAACAAUGCAGCGAUGGUCUCCUGCAAAUUCUACCAUGAUAUCAUCCGGACCGAGGUCUCCAUGGGUGAACACAACCCUGGUCGAUGAAGUUGUCACCGCGACUAGAGGUGUGACUACUAGAAUAGGGGGAGGGAAGAAUCUGGACUGCUUUACGUGGAUCAAGGGGAGCAGAUGAAGGAGAAAACAGCCACGGUGGCUGUGUGGCUUUGCACCGAGAUGGAGGAAGGCUGU